CUGCCGUCUGGUGCUGCGUCCGCCGACGUUUCCAAAAUGGAGACACAGCCGUGUCGAACUCGUGAUUAAAACACAAUUUACGGAUGACCCGAGGCGAAAGCUCGAUUACUGCCGACGAUACAAACAACUAACAAGUACACGACUAACGGCCAGAGCGUUCGUAUCAGUCGCUUACAUUUUUUACAGUAGACUCCCAGUCAUCGGAAAAGUACGAACAACAAUAAUAUUCUCGUCCGUUUCUCCCGCGGUCGAGGAGUUCGGUCGGUCCGUUAACGCCAAGCCGCGGUCUGCGUGUGCGCGCGCUCUCGCGUGUGUGUGUAGUGUGUACCGUGUUUGAGUGUGCGUGCGUACUGCGUACAGUCCGUCGUUUUCCAAUGUGCUGUUUAGCCGCCGCCACCACUACCCUCAGGUAGUAGCGUAGUAUGUGGGCCGCGAACCAGGCCAGAUAGGCGUAUCAGAAAAAUUUCUUAUUUUUCUUCUUUUUUUUUUUUAUCAAUAAAAAACAUUGCGGAGCAAUAAAUCACGUUUCCUCUUCUCGACUCUCGUUCCGUUUUGUACGGCACACAUUUUCCUUUAAGUGCCACCCGUGUGUGUUAACGCCGAAAUCGCGAGUUCGCACGAAUUAUGUAAAACCGAAGACCAUCUACCCGCUGCACACUUAGUCGACGACGCCGACGACUGCUGUAUACUACGACAAAGACGACGACGACGACGACGACAACGAUUGAUAGAAGAGCUACUCCGAAGAGAGAACUCGACGACAAUAUUCACACCACCCUCCGGUGGACAUGAGCGGAAGGCCCAGGACUACUUCCUUUGCUGAAGGAAAUAAAACUUCUCCGAAUCCUCCUCUGGGCGGAAUUAAAGUCAUAAGUAAAGAUGGCAGUAAAGUCACUACAGUGGUGGCAAAUCCAUGCCAAGGACCAGAUCGACCCUUGGAGGUGUCGUAUACAGACACAAUGGUUAUCGGCAAUGGAAGUUUUGGUGUUGUAUAUCAAGCUAAAUUAUGUGAUACAGGAGAAAUGGUUGCUAUUAAAAAAGUCCUUCAAGAUAAAAGAUUUAAAAAUCGUGAAUUACAAAUAAUGAAACGUCUAGACCAUUGUAACAUAGUGAAAUUGAAAUUCUUCUUUUAUUCAAGUGGUGACAAGAAGGAUGAAGUUUAUCUAAAUUUAGUUUUGGAAUACAUACCAGAUACUGUAUAUAAAGUUGCUCGUCAUUAUAGCAAAUUAAGGCAAACAAUUCCGAUCAACUACAUUAAGUUGUACAUGUACCAGUUAUUCCGAAGUUUGGCUUAUAUUCACUCAUUAGGCAUAUGUCAUCGUGAUAUUAAGCCUCAAAAUUUGUUAUUAAAUCCUGAAACAGGGGUAUUGAAAUUGUGCGAUUUUGGCAGUGCUAAGACUCUUAUCAAGGGUGAACCUAAUGUAUCCUACAUAUGUUCAAGAUACUACCGAGCACCUGAACUGAUAUUCGGUGCUAUAGAUUACACUACAAAAAUUGAUGUAUGGAGUGCUGGAUGUGUAUUAGCAGAACUUAUGUUAGGUCAGCCAAUCUUUCCAGGGGACUCUGGUGUUGAUCAAUUAGUUGAAAUUAUAAAAGUCCUUGGCACACCAACAAGAGAACAGAUCAGAGAAAUGAAUCCCAACUAUACAGAAUUCAAAUUCCCACAGAUCAAAUCUCAUCCUUGGUCAAAGGCGUCAUUUAUAAAGGUUUUCCGUAUGCGGACACCAGCAGAAGCUGUAGAAUUGGUGUCGGUGUUACUUGAAUACACUCCAUCACUUAGGGUGUCUCCAUUACAAGCGUGUGCUCAUGCAUUUUUCGAUGAGUUAAGAGAUCCACUCCAUAGAUUACCAAAUGGACGAUCAUUACCUCCACUUUUCAAUUUUACGCAAUUAGAAUUGAGUGCAGCUGGGUCUCUGAAAUCUGCUUUGAUACCUAAGCAUUUAAAAGAUUCUGUGGGAAGUGGAAAUGAAGCAUCUGCUGCUAGUGGUGGUCCAUCUACUCCAGAGAAUAUUAAUCCAGAUAGUCCAAAUCACCCAUCAUCGUCAACUACUUCCAGGCAACCUUCAAAUGAAAUAGCUUAAAAGUGCGACCAAAAAAUGCCUUGGCAAUCAAACCACUCACAAACAUUUAAGGGUUCCUCUAUUUUUUCAAGACUAUACGAGUAUUGGAAAGAAAACAAGCUUUUAAACUAAAAUAGAUUUUCAAUUUUAGUCAUUAAUUUGAAAUUGUUAAUUAAUAAAAAUCAAAUGUAAUGACUAUUCAAAAUUAUGUACAAAUUAGUUACUAUCACAUGCAAUUUAUGUUAUUGGCACGUAUUCCCAAUUAAUAUAAUUAAUUGCAUGUAAAAUAUAGAAGCCUGUAUUUCAUUUUAACAUCAAUUAGUAUAUAUUUCUUUAUAUAGUGAUCCAAAAUUGUUUGGCAAAAAGUUCAAAAAUAUUGCUCUUUUGGCGUGAUAUGUUAUUAUAACAUAAUUUAUUUAUAUGUAUAGUAUGAUAAUAAUAAACCCAUUGUGUUUAUCGCCAACGACCAUACUUGUUCACACACGAAUAUUAUUAUAUAACCAAGUAUAUAAAUGUUUUUUUUUAUGCUUUAACAAAAAAAUUUAAAAAUAAUAAUAAUUUAAAUAUUAUAUAUUUAAUAAUACUGAUGCAGCUGUUGCAUAGAUACAAUAUUAGAGCUCAAUGUUGUUAUAAUAGAGAACAAUUAUUUUAUUAGAAGCUCUGUAAUACUGUAAUAACUGUGUAAAAGUGUAAAGUGUUUAACAAUAAUAUUGUAUAUUCAUAAUAUAUAUAUAUAUAUAUAUAUAUAUAUAUGUAAAACUUGCAUAGUAUGACUAUAG